CGUUUCUGGAGAUCCCUGUGCGGGAGGAACAGGCAAGAGCUUAGCAUGGGUUCACAGGAGAAUGCAGCAUCUGGAGCAUGGAACAGAAGUUAUGGAACCAUUGGUGACCCAGAAACCUGCACUAAGGAAAAGUCAGAGAGGACCUACCUGGAUGAAAGGAUUGCUGUUCCCAGCACAAGCAUGCCUGGAUUCAGCUUUCGGAAACUCUGGGCAUUUACAGGCCCUGGGUUCUUGAUGAGCAUUGCAUACCUUGAUCCAGGGAACAUCGAGUCUGAUCUGCAGUGUGGAGCCAUUGCUGGAUUUAAGCUCCUGUGGGUUCUGCUUGGCGCCACAGUGCUGGGUCUUUUGUGCCAAAGAUUGGCAGUGCGGCUGGGAGUGGUGACAGGGAUGGAUUUGGCUCAAAUCUGCCGAUACUAUUACCCUAAGGCUCCAAGAUGGAUCCUUUGGAUUCUGGUGGAAAUCGCUAUCAUUGGCUCAGACAUGCAGGAAGUUAUUGGUACUGCCAUUGCCUUCAGUCUCCUAUCUUCAGGCCGAAUUCCGCUUUGGGGAGGUGUACUUAUCACCAUUAUAGACACACUGUUCUUUCUGUUCCUAGACAAAUACGGUCUCCGGAAGCUGGAAGCGUUUUUUGGUCUUCUGAUCACAAUAAUGGCUGUGACAUUUGGCUACGAGUAUGUGGUGGUAAAACCUGAUCAGAAGGAGGUGCUAAAGGGCAUGUUCUUUCCUUACUGCUCUGGCUGUGGGUCUCCUGAACUUCUCCAGGCCGUGGGAAUCAUUGGCGCCAUCAUUAUGCCACAUAACAUAUACUUGCACUCUUCCCUUGUCAAGUCUCGAAUGGUAGAUCGCAAACAGAAGCAUGAAGUGAGUGAAGCCAAUAUGUACUACAUGAUCGAGUCAUCCAUCGCUCUCUUUGUCUCCUUCGUCAUCAACCUCUUUGUCAUGGCUGUUUUUGCAGAGGCGUUUUACAAUAAAACCAACCAGGAUGCAUUUGACGUUUGCCAGAACAGCAGCAGCCCACAUGCUGAAGUGUUCCCAGCCAAUAACGAAUCCUUGUCCGUUGACAUAUACAAAGGGGGUGUCAUACUGGGAUGUUUCUUUGGCCCUGCUGCUCUCUACAUCUGGGCUGUGGGAAUCCUGGCAGCAGGUCAAAGCUCUACCAUGACGGGGACCUACGCUGGGCAGUUUGUGAUGGAGGGCUUCCUCAAUCUCAAGUGGUCACGGUUCUACAGAGUCCUUUUCACCAGAUCCUGUGCCAUUAUCCCAACUGUGUUUGUGGCUGCAUUUAAGGAUGUGGAACAUCUGACAGGCUUGAAUGACUUACUCAAUGUCCUGCAGAGCAUUUUGCUUCCCUUUGCCUUGCUACCGGUACUCACCUUUACCAGCAUGCGUCCACUGAUGUGCGACUUUGUCAAUGGCAUUAUUGGGAAAAUCGUCGCUAUUCUUCUCAUUGCACUGAUCAUGGCCAUAAACCUGUACUUUGUGUGUGUGUACAUUCCCAUGUUGGACAGCAUUCCCUUGUAUGUCCUUGCAGGGGUUCUUCUGUUCUUUUAUGCCAUAUUCAAUUUGUACCUGCUCUGGACGUGUUGCCUGGCACAUGGGGCAGAGUUUUUAUCCCGGGGGAGACACCGGCAAUUCUCCUAUGAAGUUCCAGAAGAUUUAAAAUCGGAGAUUUGCAAUAAUUCAGCAGAAGUAAAUUGAGUUACUAGCAAGCUCUGUAUAUCAGCAGGGUGUGGGCCAUUAAUGUGUAUAAUACCCAUGGGGACUCCUUGGUCUUGAUUGCAACUGACUUAUCCUCAAUGAAUUUUUGGAGAUUUCAUUACCCCGAUAAUGGAACAAGGAUACAGUAUUAGCCUAAAUGACUGUCAGAAUAAAUAAAGUGACUGACUGAAACAGAACCAGCAAAACUGAACCAAUCAAAGGGUGCAACUGGGACCUGCUAAAAGCAGACAUUUAAUUUGGAGCCAAAAUGCAGUUAUAAAGCUGUUUCAUACCUC